GAUGAGUUUUUUCGGAUACCGUCGAGAGCUCAGUAAGUACGAAGAUGUGGACGAGGACGAGCUCUUGGCCUCGCUCAGCCCGGAGGAGCUGGCCGAGCUGGAGAAGGAGCUGGCGGACAUCGACCCUGAUGCCAACGUGCCCAUUGGACUCAGACAGAGAGACCAGACGGACAAGAGCCCGACCGGCACGUUCAGCAGAGAGGCUCUGAUGAAGUACUGGGAGAACGAGACACGCAGACUGCUGGAGGACGAGAUAUGUGGAGGAGACCUCAAAGCGGAUGAAGAGCAACAGGAGUGUGUGACUGAAGAAAACAGCGAAGAGGAGGAUGAAAAAGAUGAUGAAAAUGAGAAAGAACAGAAAAUAUAUGAAAAGAACGAGACAGAGGAAGAAGAGGAGAAUGAGGAGGAGGAGAGCGAAGAAGAGGAGGAAGCUGUGACAGAAGAGGAAGAGGAUGAAGAUGAGGAGGAGAAACAGAACACAUUAAAAGUUGAACCCUCAAAGGACUGUGGUGAGCAGACGUGGCAGCCCGAGGCAGCGGCGCUACUCAAACCUCAGAGGGCGGAGCCUGUGAGGAGAACCCCGCCCCCGCCUCCAGCCCCGCCCCCGCCCGCGGACGCCAGCGCCACUGGAAACCCGACCGUCGUUGACGAAGCUCUGCAGCGGGUUCUCAACGACGACCCCGAACUCACCGAGGUCAAUCUCAACAACAUCGACGACAUCUCACAGGACACCCUCAUCAGAUUUGCAGAGGCGCUGAGGGCCAACACGCACGUGCGAGUCUUCAGCCUGGCCAACACUCACGCCGAUGACCCCGUGGCCCUGGCCAUCGCCAAGAUGCUGAGGGAGAACUCGUCCGUCGUCAGUCUCAAUAUAGAGUCCAACUAUGUGACGGGGAAGGGCGUGAUGGCGCUGGUGCAGGCGCUUCCAGGAAACAACACCCUGACGGAGCUUCGCUUCCACAACCAGAGACACAUGUGCGGAGGACAGGUGGAGAUGGAGAUGGUGAAGAUUCUGAGGGAGAACUGCACCCUGAUCAAGCUGGGCUACCAGUUCAACCUGCCGGGCCCCAGGAUGAGCAUGACGGGCAUCCUGACCAGAAACCAGGACCGCCACAGGCAGAGGCGGCUGCAGGAGCAGAGGCAGCAUCAGGGGGGGGCGGAGGGGGCCGUGAACCCCCGGACCUUCGCACUGAGGGCCACGCCCACUUCCUCACCUUACUCCUCCCCCAGAUCCUCUCCCUGGUCCUCGCCUAAACUACCUCGGAGCGACCCGGCCAAGAAGCAGACCCCCCCCGCUCCCCCUCCGCCGCCCCCUCCCCCGCCGCCGCCACCACCGCCGCCGCCCCCUCCCCCGCAGCGCCAGAAGCCGGCGCCCACCAGGAUGAUCGCCGAGGUCAUCAAGGCCCACGAGGCGGGCGGCAGGAAGCCGGCCAAGGCGAAGGGGAGGAAGGGCAAGAAGGGCAAGCGGGCCGAGGCGGACGAGACCAGCAGCAUCCUCAAGGAGCUGAAGAGCGCCCUGAGGCCCGUGUCGGUGGAGCGGAGGGGCGAGGAGGGAAGCAGGCCCUCCACGCCCAUGAGGUCGGCCCACGACCAGCUGAUGGAGUCCAUCCGGAACAGCAGCACGCGCAGCCUGAGACGGGUGGAACUCCCACAUUAUCUGCAAUAACACCAGCAGAGAGCAGAGCUGUUUAUUGGUUGCUGUGGAAAUCUGCAUAAUGACGACGAUGGAGUGACCAAUGAUGAAGAGUUGGAAACAUGACAGCAUGACUGUGGAGGCACAAAGCGAAUACUCAUGAAAGCUAAAUAUGCUGGAAGCUUGCACUGUAAUAGAAGCUUUACAUUUGGACAAUGUUCAUGCAUAUUUGUAUUUUCAUUUCAAAGAGUUCACUGAACUGUUUUCUAUUUCACUGUUUGUGUAAAAUUGUAAAUAUCUGCUAAAUUUGGAGUUUAUAAUA